AUGAGUAAACUCACAGCUCUUGGAGCUUUUGUCUGCUUUGCACUCUUCAUCACUUCAAUUCACGGUGGAUACCACGGAGGUCAUCACCUUUACCACGUGACCCAUAAAAAAGUUGCCAAGGUGCAUUACGUCGAGACCCCCAUCAUCACUACUCAUUAUGUGAAGAAACCCGUGAUCACAUACGUGCACAAGCCUGUGAAGUCCAUACAUUAUGUUUCCAAGCCGGUGAUCUCCUACCACCACAUCCCGCUAGUCGUGAAGGCUCUCAAUCUUGUCGAUAAUCAGUCCGUAUGGGUAGCACACCCCGACGAGGGUUACGUGUCCGGACACGUGAUCGACAUCGGAGCCGAGAGAAUCUCCGUCCGCGUGGCCUCGAAAACCAUCGAAGCCACAUAUGCGCAAGUUCACUAUGCGGAGGAAGAUCCAAACAAAGAAGUGGACGACAAUUGCGCACUGGUCUACUUGAAUGAGGCGACGCUGUUCAACAAUAUCAGAGUUCGCUAUCACAAAAAUAAAAUCUACACUUACGUCGCAAACAUCCUCAUCGCAGUUAACCCCUACUUCGAGAUACCGAAGCUCUACACGUCGGAUACAAUCAAGUCGUACAAGGGCAAGUCGCUAGGUUCGCUGCCCCCUCAUGUGUUCGCAAUCGCAGACAAAGCCUUUCGCGAUAUGAGGGUCGGGAAGAAUUCACAAGCUAUUAUUGUGUCGGGCGAAUCUGGCGCGGGAAAAACAGAAUCCACGAAAUACAUCCUACGCUACCUCUGUGAUGGGAGCAGCGCCGGACCCAUCGAACAGAAAAUUCUCGAGGCCAAUCCGAUUCUCGAAGCUUUCGGAAACGCGAAAACAAUGAGGAACAACAACUCGUCGCGAUUCGGUAAGUUCAUCGAAAUUCAUUUCGGCAACGACUACAGCGUCGUCGGCGGAUACAUUUCUCACUAUCUGCUCGAAAAGUCGAGAAUAGUCAGCCAAUCCAAAGACGAACGGAACUACCACAUCUUCUACCAGCUCCUCGCUGGAGCCGACAACGAUCUCAGGCAGAAACUGGGUCUCACAAACCCAGACAACUAUAAUUAUCUGCGGAGCGGGCUCACGAGGUACUUCGUGAGCAGUAGCAACAAACUCGACUCAACGAAAGCCUCUAAAGACCAUCAGAAACAAGGUCCGCUUAAAGAUCCCGUGCUCGACGACAGCGAGGAUUUCAAGCGUCUCGACAAGUCGCUCGAGUUAAUCGGGCUCGAUAAGGAGCGCCGUUUCUACGUCUACGCGAUCGUUGCCGCGGUUCUCCAUUUGGGAAACGUACAAUUCGAAGAGAAUCCGGACGACAAGAAAGGAGGCAGCAAGCUGAGAGAUAAAACCAGCGAGAUCGCCCUGAAGUACGCCGCCACGCUGAUCGGAGUCGAUCCUGAAGAACUUCAGAUGUCGCUUCUGUCACGCCUGAUAACGUCGAAAGGGGGAGUGAAGGGCACGGUCUACAUGGUCCCUCUUAAAGCCCACGAAGCCAACAGCGCCCGAGACGCGCUCGCGAAGGCUCUCUACGCGAAACUUUUCGACUUCAUCGUCGGUACGAUCAAUUCGAGCAUUCCCUUCAAGCAGAGCGCCUACUAUAUCGGCGUUCUCGACAUAGCCGGUUUCGAGUACUUCCAGUCAAACAGCUUCGAGCAGUUCUGUAUUAAUUUUUGCAAUGAAAAACUGCAGCAGUUUUUCAAUUAUCGAAUCCUCAACGAAGAACAGAAUCUCUACGAGAAAGAAGGUCUCGGCGUAAAGCGGAUCGCGUACACCGACAAUUCCGACUGCAUCGAUCUUCUCGAAGCGAAGAACACCGGAAUCUUCGAGAUACUCGACGAAGAGAGUCAUCUGCCGACCGGAACCGCGGCGCACUUCACAUCUCAAGUACACUCCACGCAUAGAAAACACUUCCGAAUCAGCAUACCUCGGAAGUCGAAACUCAAAGCUCACCGGGAACUCCGUGACGAGGACGGUUUCCUAAUCCAUCAUUUCGCCGGCGCCGUAUGUUACCAGACCGAAAAAUUCCUCGACAAGAAUAACGACGCCCUGCACGACUCGCUCGAAGCGAUUGUCCUAGACUCGAAUAACCCCUUUGUCAAAUCGCUGUUCCUGUCCAAGAGUCCCCAGAGUUCUGGCAAGGGCAAGUUGCGCUUCGUUUCGGUUGGCGCCAAGUUCAGGAAGCAGCUGGCUGAGCUGAUGAAGAAACUCGAGGCUACUGGAACUCAUUUCGUACGGUGCAUAAAACCCAACAACAAAAUGGAAUCGAAAAUCUUCGAAGGACCGCAAGUUCUCAAUCAGCUGGGCUGCUCUGGGAUGACUUCGGUUCUCGAGCUGAUGCAGACCGGUUUCCCUUCAAGGGUUCCAUUCAGAGAGCUGUACGAGAAGUACAAGAGCUAUUUACCGAAGGACUUGGCUUCGCUGGAUCCACGGCUUUUCUGUAGAACGCUCUUCAUGGCCCUCGGUCUCCGCAACAACGAUUUCAAAUUCGGGCUCACCAAAAUCUUCUUCCGCCCCGGCAAGUUCGCCGAAUUCGACGAAAUAAUGAAAUCCGAUCCCGCCAGUCUCGCUCAACUCAUCUCGAAGGUCCGCAAGUGGCUCGUGAUAUCGAGACUCAAGAAGGCUCAAUGGUGCGCUCUUUGCGUCAUCAAACUCCGGAAGAAAAUCGAAUACCGUCGACAGAAUCUCGUGAUCAUACAGAAAACCGUCAGAGGGUACCUCGCGCGGAAACAGUACGGUGGUCGCAUCCAAGGUCUCAAGAAGCUCAAAACCAUUCUCAAGCAACUCGCAGACAUGAAGAAAUCCACCGCACCCACCAUCGUCAGUCAAAUUUCGGAGUUCGCCGAUCUCGAAAAUCAGGUGAAGAAUCUUUCCCGUAGAAUAAAAAAUGGAGAAACUGUCGAUCGAGUCCUAAUCGAAAAGAGCUGCAACGAUCUCACGAGCUCGCUCGGUGGACUGGCGAAAAAAGUGAAAUGCGCGAUGGUGGAGCAGCAGGUCCGCGAAGCUCAGCGUCUCAAGGAGGAGGAAGAGAGAAAGAAAGAGGAAACCAAGAGGCAAAAGGCCGAGAUUGAGAGAUGCAGACGAGAAGAGGAAGAGAGAGCACGAACAGAAUCCUCGAUGGCUGCCGCCGCCGAUGCUGAACGUAAGGCUCAGGAGGAACGCUUCAUCGAACUGCAGCGCAAACUCGAACAAGAAAGACGUGACCGCGAGUUGGCCAUGCGCUUGGCUCAGGAAAACAACUCCAUGGUCGAGGAUCAGAGCCCGCCGUCGAGCAUUGGGUCUACGGGCAAAGACUCCAUCCCAGCGGGCAAGUAUGACCUGUCGAAGUGGAAGUAUUCGGAGCUUCGUGACGUCAUCAACACUUCGUGUGACCUCGAGCUGCUCGUAGCUUGCCGAGAGGAGUUCUACCGACGACUGAAAGUGUAUCACGCUUGGAAGAGUCGGAACGCGAAGAAAGGACCCGAUUCCAAAGACGAAGUUUUUCGGCUCCCUACGGCUGAUCACGCGGGAGUUGCACCCUCGCCGGAGUCAGGACCGCCUCGACAACGCUACUUCAAGAUUCCGUUCAAACGCGAUGUACACUCGGUCUCCGGAUGGUGGUUUGCGCAUUUUGACGGCCAAUUCAUCGCCCGCCAAAUCGAGAUGUCGCCUAACAAACCCGCUCUGCUGCUCCUGACCGGUCGGGAUGAUAUGCAGAUGUGCGAGUUGAAACUGGAAGAAACAGGCCUGGCGAGGAAGAAAGGCGCCGAAAUACUCGAGGAAGAAUUCAACAGAGAAUGGGCGUCACUCGGAGGUCAACUUCCUUACGAGCCUCCGUCCAGUCGAGGCGUGAGGACCAACUGAUAACUAAUUCGCUAAGAGCACCUUCUGUCACCGAAAACACAAGUCACACUGGAACGAAUGACCACGAAGAUUACCAGAAUAGA